AUGGAUCUGAUCAGGGCCGCGGGAGGUUCGGUCGCCUUCCCCCUGCCCGUCCCGGCCGGACUCCGGGUCAGGAGCGUCGUCUGGGCGUCGCACACGACGUCGGCCGUGGCGAGUCGGGGACCCCCGGGACAUUCGGACCCGCUUCGGGCGGCGAAUUUCCGAUUUUCCGGACGGACGGACCUACCGGACGAGGACCCGUCCCUGCGGAUCGGCGCCCUGACCCCGGAAGACGCCGGGGUCCACACGGCCGACGCUUCCUACAUCUUCCGCUACAGCCCGAGGGUCUUCGACCCUCCCCCGGGCUACACCUGCACGGCCACCAACCCCGUCAGCAGCGGGUCCCGCACCGUCUCCGCCGACCGGAUCCUCUGUCCAGCCGGAAGCCCGCGGGGCACCUCCCGACCCUCCCGGCCCCGGCCUUCCCGCCGCUCGCUCUGGUCCCUGGCGGGAGCCUGCUCUUCCUCUAGGAUCCGCCGGAAACGAAAGGCCAGAGGAUCGACGGUCGGGACGGCGGCGGAGACGCCGGCGGUGGCCACGGUGUCCGUCCGGUGCGAGCCGGUCCCCCGGAGGGACCCCGCGGGAGGCCCCGCGGCCGCGAAAAGCACUCCGGCUACCCCCCGACUGGCCAAGAAGGGCCAGCGACCGAGCGUCCCCCAGAAACCGGCCUCCGCCGGGUCUCGCCCCUACCGCAACCUCACCCGAGCCGAGGACCGUCCCGCCCGGGAAAGAGAAGGAAGGGCCCUCCCCGCCUUCCGCCUGGACGACGCUACCGACGACGCGCGGAGACCGCCGGCCCGCGAGGCCGGCCCCCGGUCCGUCGUCCGACGGCGCGGGCGGGAGGCGGAAACCGCUCCCUUUCAUAUUUCCCGUCCGUCGCCCUCCCCGCGGCCGGCUGAGUCGCCCGGGGCUCAGGGCGGGCACGACGGCCGCGAGGCCCAUCUCGGGGGUCCCGCCGCCUCCUCCUCCUCCCCCGUCAUGGCCCCCGACCACCGGCUUGGGCUCCUGCUCCUCCUCUGCCCGUGGCCCGGGUCGCCGGAGGAGCCCUCGGUCUCGAUCGGGUCCACGGUGUCCGAGAGCGGCGUCUGCGACGCCACGCUGACCUGCUCCCUGGCCGGAGCCGGCGUGACUCUCGGCUGGACGUCCUCGAGGGCCACCGUGCCCUCCGAAGGCCCCGUCCUCAACGUCUCCCGCUCCCUGUGCGACGUCCGGGACCUGAGCUACACGUGCACGGCCAGGACCCCCGCCGGCAACGCCUCGCGCACCGUCCCGGCCGAGCGGCUCUGUACAGGGCCGGCGACCCCCGGAGGACCCUCGACCUUGGUGACGGUGAUCGGGGCCGUGGGGUCGAAGGUCAAGCUGGGCCUGAACGUCUCGGAGCCGCGGGGGAGAGUGGUCUGGGUGUCCGCCCGCUCCGUGGUGACGGCGGAGCCCCCGGGCGCCCCUCCCGGGGCGACGGCGGCGGAGGGACGGGCCGAGGGGCGGCUGAGCGUCUCCCCGUCGGACCCGGGCCUGGAGGUCAGCGGGCUGGAGCCCCGGGACGCCGGGGUCUACCGAGCCUUCUCCUGCCCCGGACCCACCGCCCUGGGGGGCUUCCUCCUGAAGGUCUACCGUCGGCCGGGGGAGCCCUCGGUGACGGUGAACCCCGCGGCGUCUGACCGGGGCCACUGUACCUUCACCCUGACCUGCUCCGUGGCCGGGGGGGACGACGACGUGACCUUCAGCUGGACGCCCCCGGGGCCGGGGGCCACCCUGUCCCCCGCCGGCUCCGUCCUCGCCAUCUCCCGGAGGCCCGGGGACCCUCCCCGAGACUACACGUGCACGGUCACAAACCCCGUCGGCAACAACUCCCGCACCGUCCCCGCUGACCGGCUCCCCUGUCCAGGGAAUCGGAACCCCGAGGUCCAGCGUUCCCCGCUGCCCUGGAUCGCCGUCCUGGUCCUCGUCGUCUUCCCGCUGGUGCUCUUCCUGGCCUGGUACAUCCGGAAACAGCACAGGCAUUGCUCCUAUCUGCCCUCCGGAACCACCUGGACCACGAAUGCGGCAGAGACGGGGGAAAAUGAAAACACCCUGUGCCUGAUGGAGCACGGAGAAGGCCAGGAGAGCGGGACGGUGCCCGCCGGGCCCCCGCCGGCCCCCGCCAGCGGCCUGGGAGACCCCGGCGCCCACCCCGCCCUCCCGCCCGCCGCG